UUUGAUGUGAUACGUCCACCAGUGUUAACUUUGUGUGUUUGUGCUUGCGAAAUUAGCGAUUUUUGUUGGCAUUUAUUGAUUUGGAAGCCGCUGACGAUGAUUUUAUUUCCUAUUUUGUAUCACAGCAAGCUGAGCUUGAAUUGUGACAUUCUACAUUAAUAAUAUUUUUGCGCAAAAGUGUGUGCGACAUGCCAGAGUUCUGCAUCUUCUGCAGGGGUCAGUAGAUUUUUCCGUUUUCCUUAGCACAUUUAAAUGACUUGUGGCGCUUUUUUAAUGUUUUGUGCUUCAUUCACUUUGCUUUGCUUAAAAAGUGAGCUAUUUCCUUAUAAAGAAAAUCUUCUGAGGAGGCAUUCACACACGGCUAUUUUUUUGUUUUAAGAGUUUCUUGAAGUCAAAACUGAUGUUUUGCGCAGUGAUAUCAAGUAUAAUGCCAUGGAUGAAAAGGACGAAUUUCGGAGGUAUGCAUCCAGGUACAAGACUGAGAAAAUCAAAUCAAGAAAUCUCAGUGAAAAGAAGCGCCGUGAUCAGUUCAACAUGCUCAUCAAUGAGCUAUGUUCCAUGGUCACUUCGAACAGUAGGAAGAUGGACAAAUCAUCUGUACUACGUUCGACGAUAUCGUUUCUCAAAAACCACAGUGAGCUAUCUGUGCAGUCUCAGAAUGUGGAAGUUCAAGAGAACUGGAAGCCUUCCUUUUUAUCCAAUGAGGAAUUUACUCAUCUGAUGCUAGAGGCUUUGGAUGGAUUCAUAAUAGUUUUUUCAUGUAAUGGUCAAAUCCUCUAUACAUCAGAAAGUACAGCUUCGCUUCUGGGAUAUUUACCGAGCCGCAUCUAUUCAUCAGUAUUUGAUAUUAUUCACGAAGUGGAUAAGUCUUCAUUAUACAAGUUGAUCAGCAGUGCUCCAAACUCUUCUAAUAAUUCUUUAUCCAGAGAUUCAUUCAUAUCUUUACUUCUUCAUAUGAAACGUGGACCAAUUCAUUCUCAGAGCAACAGCAUUUCCUACGAGUUAGUUAAUUUAGUAGGAACAUUUUAUCAUUGGCCAUCAACUUUUGAAGGUUCCAAUCCAUCUGGCUUUGAUUGUGAUAGUAAUAGCUGCAGUAGCAUUUGUUCUCCGCUUCCCUCAACGACGGUAGAGUGGCGUUCUUGUUUUGUAGCAGUCGGCCGUCUCCAGACGCCUCACUUGCUGAAAGUUGUUAAUCUGUCUGAGGAAUCAAAAAAUGAAUUCAGUUCACGCCAUAGCUUGGAAUGGAAAUUUCUGUUCUUAGACCACAGAGCUCCUCCUAUUAUUGGCUAUUUACCAUUUGAGGUUUUGGGCACGUCUGGCUAUGAUUAUUACCACGUUGAUGAUCUCGAUAACAUUGCUGCUUCACAUGAGCUUUUAAUGCAGACUGGAGAAGGAACGUCCUGUUUUUAUCGCUUCCUGACUAAAGGUCAGCAGUGGAUAUGGCUUCAAACACGUUAUUAUAUUUCUUACCAUCAGUGGAAUUCAAAACCAGAAUUUAUCGUUUGCACACACACUGUAGUUAGCACUGAGAAAGUGUUGAAAGGUAAUCAAGAUGCACCCAAAAGGCUUUCCAGACGGUUCAGCAGUUCUAAUCUCUCACAAACGAAUACUCCACCCAGUCAAAGUGCCUGUUUAUCUCCCUCGCCUUCUGUCAGUUCUCUUGGCAGCUUUUCUUCAGAACAUUCCGAACAGUGCUCGGGUAAAGCAUCAUCAUCCAAUGUGCUCAUCAACUCAGUAUUGUAUGCAGCCCAUGGUGGAAAAGAAAUCCCUUCUCCCAAAACCAGGGCACCAUCUCUCAGCAAUCCGACAAUAUCUGAAGGUUACCUAGACAUGCAGCCUAGUUUAUCGACAAUCCAGCCAGCCUCUAUGACGGCCAACGACAUGGGUGCCAUUUCCUCCACAGCUCCUGCUGUCAUGCCGGCUCCGGGGCCCCCCGAAAAUCACGUUUCUACUGCCAGUGCAUUAAGUGUGCCUCCUACUGUUACUGCAGUAAAUAAUACAUCUAGUGCACAGUUUCAGGGUGAGAGAACUUCUGCUGUAUGUCAAGCACAGAUGCAAGAAUACUUGAGACGACGUCACCAGAUGCUACAGCAGCAGAUCAUGCUUCAGCAGGAAGAGCUGCGGAGGGUGUCAGAGCAACUCAUGCUCGUGCAAUUUGCAGUUCCUGGUCCCACUAAUACUUCCGACAUUCCUUACCAGGCUUCCAGUUCAUCCAUGGGAUCGAACUUGGUAAACACUUACUCAUCUACGAGACCAUUGCCACACUUGCAGAUUCCCGAUGCAACUUCCACGGCAAAUGUUAUCAUGAAGUCUGUGGAUGGUUACACGAGGCCCACACAAUCAUCUAUCACAUCAAGGCCAUAUCUGAAUCUCGAGGCCGAACUGUGUGGAGUCGGCACAUCUGGCGGGAUCUCCCUCCUCACUUCAAACAGUAUGGAACAAAAUAAUGAAGUGAUUGCUCAAGGUUUUCCUAUGACUCAUUCAAUGCAGUCAAAUACCUGAAGCACCCGCUUGUUUGACAAAUCUCUUACCACAACACAUUUGCUCAUCAUCAAAGCGAACGGACAUGGCCAAAGAUUUCUGUCUUUGCCAGGUUGCAUUCACUGUAAUGUUGGGCCUCCAAUCUAGUCUUCAUGAAAAAUACAUCUGAGUGAAAAUGAGUUUUUGAGCAGCUCCUAUUGUGAUGUUAUUUAUGUGUUUAAUUAUUUGUUAUGCUUUUUAUGAGACUAAAGUAAUUUUUGGGGAGCUUGAAAAUGUUAUGGGUUUAAACAGGGCUUGGGGAAAGAAUGCAUUUCUAAAAUUAUUGCUUUAGAAAUGCUCCUUGUCCUCAGGGUAGAAAGAUUGGUUGUGCUGAUAUUACUUUUUUCCAUGUAAUUUUCCUACGAGGCAUUUAAAGUAAUUGGUAGCCAUAUGAGUUUAAAUUUUAAACAUUGUACCCUGGUAUUGUAUUUGAAAGUGUUUUAAUAGCUGUAAUAUUUGGAAAUGAUUUUUAAAAUAGUUCUGUUUAAGAACAGUGAUUCAACAUUAUCUUUAGUGAACAAUCUGAAUUCAUAACAUUAGGAUAAAAAUGGCCUCACUGAAUUAGAAAAUAAUAUUUUCUCACUAUAUUUAAAGGUUAUAUACAUUUAUAUUCAUAUAUGUAAAGGAUAAGUUUAUAUAUUUAUGUGCAUUUUUCUGUUUUUAUGGUUUUAAAUUGCUGCUGGUUCAGGGCUCAAAGUAUGGAAUAAACACCAUGAUUAAUUUAUAACUAUCUAUAAAGAAAGGAAAAGUUAAAUUCUAAAGUAUGAGAAAUAUUAAUGUUUUUGUUACAAAAACUAUAGAUGCCAAAAUGGCAUCGUAGUUAAGACUCGUAAUUGGAGAAAGUUGUAAAGUUUUAAAACUAGGAAAUAACUAUGUAAAGAAGUAAACUAUAAAUUAAAAUAAACAAAUAAACAAAAUAUUCAUCUUUUCGCUUUAAAGGAAGCUGAUAUUUCAUCUUCAUUGGAGUAAAAUUACUAAAGCAGUCAAGAUCUGGAAGAAUGUAUGUGUACAGACAGUUAAGUAGAAAAGAGAAAAUGCAGUGCAGAAUUAAUCAGCAUGGAUAUAAAGUCAUUUGUGCGUAUGAUAUUUCUAUAUCGUCUAAAAGCACACUAAAAUUUGAAACUUUUUUACAUAUUUAUUUUGUAAGUUUAAUCCAACUGAGGAAGGGUAAUUUCUACAGCUCUGUUUUGCAUUAUGAAGGGGUUUCAUCUCAUUCUAAACCAUGUAAAAAUAUUUUUCACAUGCAACUUCAUAUUAAUAUCAUGAUUUAUUCCAUAUUUACUAAAUAUUUAAUUAUUCAUUUAUUGUAAUUCAUGUGGAGUGUAAAAUAUAUUGAUAAAGACACAUGAGCUUAGAGUGGCACUUGUCUGAAUCAUACUGUGCUUUUUUAAGUCUUGAUGUUGUCGAGUGCCACUAAAAUUCAUCAGAAUAUGUAUUGAAAGUGUCACGUAAAGUAUCAAAUAUUUGUAAUAAUAUAGAGUAUAUUAUUACUUGCUUCUCCAUAAAUUACCUGGUUUGUGUUUAUUAACCCAGUUGUUUUGGUGAAGCUGUUUUGUGAGUUUGCCAAAUGGAGAGUUCCCCCCUCUCUUUGUGAAAAUAUGAAAAUGUUGCUCAACUAUAGAAAAUAAUUAUUUUUUUUUUCCAUGCAACAAAUCUAAAUGAGCUUUUGUAUUAUAUCAAAAGGCAUGUAGGAAUUUUAUUAGUGUCAUCAAGCCUUUUUAUCUGUUCUUUUUAUUCGUUGAUUGUUUGCAUGUGUUUGUUUUCAAAGUACAAAAGUUAUUUUGGUUGUGAUUCAUUAUUUAAUUAACAGAGUUUGUAUACUUGUUGUGAAUGAAAUGUUCAAAAUGUCCAAAGAUUAUUUGACUUUUAAGAUCUAAAAAGAUGAUCUCUAUUUUUUGCAGUGUAUUUAGUGUCUAAUUUUAAAGAAAACUUAUAACAAAUCUUAAAAAGUUUUAUUAACUAAGACAAACAUGGUCUUUUAUAACUUGUGUAUUAUCCUUCUCAUCGAAAUAUCGCUAUAAUAUAUCGCAAAAAUGAAUUUUUUUUAAUAAUUUGUAGUAGUAAUGUGCAGUUUAUAAUAAAAUCAUAAAAAAAAUUUCUAAAUCUAAAGUCCCCACAUGAUAUUUUGACUAACAAAUUAUGGAAUCAUAUACAGUCAAAAGUCGUUAAUUUGGACACCCAUAAUCCGGACCUCAAAGCUACAAAAUUUCUGCGCAUGCGGCACAUUGACGCACGCGCAUAGGCGUUUACGCGUGCGCGUAAGACCUUUACGGCUAUGAAUAUGCGUCUGCGCAUACACAUAAUACGUUUACGCAUGCGUGUUUAAUGUAUAACGGCCAGUAUAGCUAAGCUAAA